AUGGACAAAUAUACCAACAGGGACCAUCCUGAUUAUAUUCCUGGUACAUUCAACAUUUAUUCUUCCCAAAAUUUGGAAAAUGGUAUUAUAUACGAAUCAAAGUUGAAAAAAAACACCUCUGGAGUUAUCUUAAUUCCUCAACCAUCAUACUCGCCCAAUGAUCCAUUGAACUGGUCCAGUUGCAGGAAAUUGGCUCAUUUUGGUCUAAUGGCCUUUAUAACUGCAUUCACUGCCGCUACGAGUAACGAUGCUGGUGCUGCUCAAGACUCGUUGAAUGAGAUUUAUGGGAUAUCCUAUGAUUCUAUGAACACAGGCGCCGGUGUUCUUUUUCUAGGUAUUGGUUGGUCCACUUUGUUCUUAGCUCCGUUCGCCAACUUGUAUGGAAGAAAGAUAACGUACAUAGUUUGCACCACAUUAGGUUUAUUUGGUGCUCUUUGGUUUGCCGUGGCGAAAAGAACCAGCGAUACUAUAUGGUCUCAAUUGUUUGUAGGUAUUAGUGAGUCCUGUGCUGAAGCUCAGGUGCAGCUGUCUUUAAGUGACAUUUUUUUCCAGCAUCAAUUAGGCUCCGUAUUGACGGUGUACAUUAUGUGCACUAGUAUUGGUACGUUCUUGGGCCCAUUGGUCGCCGGGUACAUAUCUGCCUUUACCAAUUUCCGUUGGGUCGGUUGGGUUGCCGUAAUCAUAUCAGGGGGACUUUUGAUCGCCAUUAUAUUCGGGUGUGAAGAAACCUACUUUGAUAGAGGCCAAUAUAUGACUCCUUUAACAGGCUGUCAAUCGGGAUACGAAGAUGGUACCACUUUACAGAAUUCUGACAAUACCGUCAUCUCGCGGAGGAAACGUCAUCUUGAUGCUAAACUAUCAACUCCCGGAGCCAUAGGUGAGAAGAGUAGAGAAGUGGCUGAAACAGCUGAAUUUGAAGUAAACAAUGAAGAGGAGGCUACCAUACCAGAGACCCGUGAAUUAAUCGAUGGUUCCAAAGAGCCUUUGAAAUCAUAUCCAAAAAGAAUUGCUAUAUUCACCAAAGCCACUAAUUUGAAAGGUUACGGUUUUAAACAGUACUUUAAGUAUCUAAAGAUUAACCUUCGGAUGUUUUUAUUCCCACCUGUGUGGCUGUCUGGGAUGUUUUGGGGUAUUCAAGACGUUUUCCUCACGUUUUAUUUGACCACUCAAGAGAGUGCCUACUAUGAUCCUCCAUGGAACUAUAGUGAUUUUAAAGUUGCAAUUAUGAAUGUUCCGACAGUUAUUGGAGCAGUAAUUGGCUGUAUUUGUGCUGGUAUUGUUAGUGAUUAUUUUGUUCUUUGGAUGGCUCGUCAUAACAGAGGUAUUUUAGAGGCUGAAUUCAGAUUAUACUUCUCAAUUGCAACUGCCAUUAUUGGGCCCGCUGGUUUGUUAAUGUUCGGUAUUGGCACCGCUAGACAAUGGCCUUGGCAAGCGAUAUAUGUUGGAUUGGGUUUUGUUGGCUUUGCCUGGGGUUGUUCUGGUGAUAUUGCCAUGGCAUACUUAAUGGAUUGCUAUCCCGAUAUGGUUUUGGAAGGUAUGGUCUGUACUGCAAUUAUCAACAAUACUAUAUCUUGCAUUUUCACCUUUACCUGUUCCGAUUGGCUCGCUGCAUCUGGUACUGAGAAUACAUACAUUGCUUUGGCCGUUAUUAAUUUUGGAAUUACUGCAUUUGCCUUACCAAUGUACUACUAUGGUAAGAGGGUAAGACUUUGGACCAAGCAAUGGUACUUGGAAUCUGUUAACCUGAGAGACGGUGUGUAA